AGCAGUGCCUCACCAAAAAAGACUACGAAUUCCAGAGAUACUUGCGGCAUCUUGCGCGAACGGCCAUAGUUGAAAGUGGCAAAGGCGUCCAAGCCGGAGGAAGUAGACUCCGCUGGGGCGUGGUUGAUCGCGAUUCUUGCAUCUGUCCCUAAGGGUCAAGGCUUGGGUCUUGCCGUGCAGACCCUCGGAACGACCCUGCCCCAGCGCAGCUAUGAACUUGGAGAGGAUAUCCAACGAGGAAAAGUUGAACCUGUGCCGAAAGUACUAUCUGGGUGGGUUUGCUUUCCUGCCUUUUCUCUGGUUGGUCAACAUCUUCUGGUUCUUCCGAGAGGCCUUCCUUGUCCCAGCAUACACAGAGCAGAGCCAAAUCAAAGGCUAUGUCUGGCGUUCAGCUGUGGGCUUCCUCUUCUGGGUGAUUAUACUCACCACCUGGAUCACCAUCUUCCAGAUCUACCGGCCCCGUUGGGGCGCCCUUGGGGACUACCUCUCCUUCACCAUACCCCUGGGUACCCCCUGACAGCUCCCUCUGCGCAGGCUUGGGACCUGCUCAUUCUUCGAGAAUGGGCUCAUCUACACCAAGCCCACUCUUCAAACCCCUAAAACUUGUUUUGAUCUCCUAUGUUCUCUGCUGACAUCUCCCAAUAAAGGACCCUAAUUCCCUAUA